AGCGCGGGGCGGGGAGAUGGACAGGGGGCGGCUGAACAGGAGGGAGAAGGGGAAGGAGCCGGAGAAAGUUCGGGAAAAGGGGAAGGAUGAGAAAAAGAACGAGGCGGAGAAGGAGAAACUGAAGGGAAAGGAAAAAGAGAAAGGAAAAGAGGAGAAAAGUAAGAAAAAAGAGUAUAAAGAGGAAAAGAGCAACGAGCGAGAGACAAAAAAAGAGAAGGAACAAUUUCAGGGCAAAGAAGAGGAGAAGCGACAGAACAUCUUGACGAAGCCCCUGCUGGAGCCGCCGGGUAAAGAUAAGCAGAUCCUAGUGUUGGGUCUGGAUGGAGCAGGAAAGACCAGUGUCCUCCACUCACUAGCUUUAAACAAAGUCCAGCACAGCGUGGCACCCACCCAAGGUUUCAAUGAAGUGUGCAUCCACACCGAAGACAGCCAGAUGAGGUUCCUGGAGAUUGGUGGUAGUGAACCUUUUCGUCCCUAUUGGGAGAUGUACCUGUCCAGGGGAUUGCUACUGAUCUUUGUGGUGGAUUCAGCAGAUCACAACAGAUUACCUGAAGCCAAAAAACACCUUCAUCAACUAAUCGAAACAAAUCCAAUCCUUCCUCUGGUUGUGUUUGCAAACAAACAGGAUCUUGAAACUGCCUAUCACAUUACAGAUAUCCAUGAGGCUUUGGCAUUAUCUGAGGUGGGAAAUGACAGGAAGAUGUUCCUGUUUGGAACCCAAGUGACUGAGAACGGCUCAGAGAUACCCUCCACCAUGCAAGAUGCCAAAGACCUGAUUGCACAUUUGGCUGCGGAUAUACAGCGUGCAGCGCCACGCGCACUGUGCGGGCUGGCCAGCUAAGCGUCACCAACACGGGGGUGUGCAGGACCAGGCUUGGAAACAAUGGUUUCCACUUUCAAAUAAAAAAUAAGCCAUUUUCCAUUUUUUCAAUGUACCACAUAUACACAAACAUAAUGUUAACUGGUUAAGAGCAUCUUUUAUUUAGGUUUUGAACUGUAAAAAAAAAAAAUGGUAACAUUGGUAAAACAAUGUAUUUAGGGGUUUUUAGUCAACAAAGAUAAAGUGAACAUUAGCAUGCAUUUGCCCCAUCAUUUGUAGUUUUCAAUAAAAAAAACUGAGAUUUACAUUAAAAUAUUUUAAUAA